AAAAGCCGUUCUACUGUUACUGGUCCACAGGAGAAACUACAUUAUCCUGUAGGUACCGCCAGUCACGUCUUCGGUGCGCAAGAAGUAGAACUACAACUCCGGGAGGCUCCCGCAGCAAUGAAGGCUUCGCUGUGGAAGAAACUACAUUUCCCAGAAGUCUCUGUUCCGCAGCUGCGGAGCCUGUGAGUUUAGGAAUAGCUGGCGCGGGUGUCAACGUGCUCAGCUGCUAGACAUGGCUCUCUUGGGCAUGUUCGUGAGUCGCCUGUUGUGUCCUGUCAGUAGGUCGGCGGGGAUACCGGGUGUCAGGUGGCUCCAGCCCCAGGCCUUGUUGGGACUACCUGAAGGCUGGGGACUCCCCGGCACGCAGCCAAGCCGGGGCAAGGCGCGCGGGAAUGAGUAUCAGCCGAGUAACAUCAAACGCAAGCACAAGCACGGCUGGAUCAAGCGCUUGAGCACGCCAGCCGGCGUCCAGGUCAUCCUUCGCCGCAUGCUCAAGGGUCGCAAAUCGUUGAGCCAUUGAUCGCGACGCUGCCGAUGGGAGCCCCCAUCCCCAUUAAAACAUUUCCCUCCCUGCUGCUGUUUUUUGUGGGGAGUUUGGAUGACUUAGACAUGAGUGCUCCUCCAAUUGUGGGGUUGGACUGGAAGGGCGAGUGGGAAAUCAGACCUUGCCAAGUCCUUUUUUAUGCUUUUGAAACAGGAAGAGUUUCUAACAUACUGCAACAGUCCAUGGAAUAGUACAGUGAACCUCGUGUACUCACCCAUUUCUGACCACCAAUUACCUACAACCAGUCCUGCCCCCUCCUGUGUUGUUGUGGUGGUGGGGUUUUUUUGUUUGUUUUUGGAGCAAAUCUGAGGCAUCCGGUUAUUCUGUAAAUGUUUAAGAGUGCAUCUCUCCAAGAUAAGGGGCCUUUAGAACGUAAUCACAAGACUUUUCACACCUAGACAAAGUCAGUAAUUCCUUAAUAUCAUUAAAUGUCUAAAUUUCCACUUGUCAUAUGUAACUUUCACAGGUCUGGGAAGGCUUGUGAGGAGGUGGGAGGGAUUUGAAACCUCACUUGUGCCUUGGUGAUUUGAUGUAUAACUCUGAGCAAGACCUUAGCCUUCUGAGGCUCAUUUGUUUCCUAUAAAAUAAGGUGUUAAUUCUU